ACACCCUGCCGUUAGCCGUUGUUGUACCCUAUGCUACUGAACAGGUUUACCGCGAUACAAACUAGCUUUCCCACUGGCCUUAACCGCCAGAAAAGAUGCUUCUUCACAGGAUUAAAACGAUAAAACAAACACCAGGACGUCUGGGAAAACUUUACCCAACUGUGCCCAAACUUUGAUAAGACUACCAACCAAAUAUAGUUUAGAGUGUGAUAGCUUUGUUUUAUUAUCUCCUCACUAUUUUUUUUUUUGCCACUGGUCGAGGUUUUCUGCUUCUUUCUUUUCUUUUCUUAUUUUUCCUUUUCAUUGGAGGAGUCCAGUCUGAUGAAUUCGCCGAAAAAAGACGGAGACGAUGAUGUGCCCGUUAAAGACCCGGUGAAAUACGGAGAGCUGGUCAUUUUAGGGUACAAUGGCUCUCUGCCGAGCGGAGACCGCGGGCGCAGAAAGAGCCGCUUCGCUCUUUACCGGAGGGCCAAGGCCAACGGCGUCAAACCCAGCGCCGUGCACAUCCUCAACACGCCACAGGACAGCAAGGCGGUCCACAGCAGAGGGCAGCACAGCAUUUCUUUCACACUGUCCCGUAACCAGACUGUGGUGGUGGAGUAUUGCCAUGACAACAGCACAGACAUGUUCCAGAUCGGACGGUCCACAGAAAGUCCCAUUGACUUUGUGGUGACCGAUACCUCCGGAGGGGGGACAGAAGGAGAAGACCCCUCCAUCGCUCCCAGCACCAUCUCCCGAUUUGCAUGUAGAGUGGUGUGCGAGCGCAACCCGCCCUACACCGCACGCAUUUACGCGGCAGGCUUUGACUCGUCUAAAAAUAUCUUUUUAGGGGAGAAAGCAACCAAGUGGAAAAAUCCUGACGGCCACAUGGACGGCCUCACCACCAACGGGGUGUUGGUGAUGCAUCCAGAAGGUUUCCCCCAGGAGCCCAAGCAGGGUCUGUGGAGGGAGAUUUCUGUGUGCGGAGACGUCUAUGCCCUCAGAGAAACCCGCUCUGGGCCCAGUCGGGGCAAACUGGCAGAAGGGGAGAGCAGCGCACUGCGGGACGGCUCGCUGGUGGAUCUUUGCGGCGCCACUCUGCUGUGGCGCACCGGGGAGGGCCUGAUGCGCGCUCCCACCCUGCGUCACCUGGAGGCCCUUCGUCAAGAACUGAACGCGUCCCGACCUCAGUGUCCUGUGGGCCUCAGCACGCUGGCCUUCCCAAGCUUACCACGCAGCCACAGCCUUGAAGAGCGUCAGCCCUGGGUCUACCUCACCUGCGGCCACGUCCACGGACGCCACGACUGGGGCCAGAGGUCUCAGAGGGUGGAGGACCCCGGGGAGGGUGAGGGCUCCACCAAGCGCCGAGAAUGCCCCCUGUGCAGAAGCGUGGGCCCCUACGUGCCGCUGUGGCUGGGCUCUGAGCCUGCCGUGUACGUGGACGCCGGUGCUCCCACUCACGCCUUCGUACCAUGCGGCCACGUCUGCUCGGAGAGGGCAGCCAAAUACUGGGCCGAGACCCCUCUGCCCCACGGAACACACGCAUUCAGGCCUGUCUGCCCCUUCUGCUCCGCCGCCCUCGGUACCCCCGGCUGGAUACGGCUCAUCUUCCAGGGCCCCAUCGACUAGCCGCGCCCUCAGUAACCACCAUCCCAACCGCAGGAAGCUACUUGAGCCUCAUUCUCGUGGCAAACGUCAAUGAGCGAUGAAUCAAUUCAGUGUCGAGCACGGCUGUCAGGGCAGCACGUGCAUUCUGAGUUUUCGACCGCGCUCUCCAACGUUGUGUUACAGAAUGCAGCUCAAUCCGUCCCCUUGUUUAUCCUUCAGAGCUUCAAGAUCAGGAGGACCUGACAGACUAAUCCGUGCUAACAGGUAGAUAGUGAUUUGUGUAAUCUAACAAAAACAGAGUGAGCUAAUUUUCGUUACGUAGAACGUAAAGAGAAUCUCUGGUGAUGCUGCUUGACCUUUUAAAAACUCAUCACUAUAAGAUGACUCAGCCCCGUACUGUAACUACACACUGUCAGGUUCAAACAUCCUUUUUAAUUCUCUUCAGAGUGUGAAAUCUUAAGUAGCUUUUUUGCACAUGCAAAACGAAUGGCCUUGACCGUCACUUUUCCAGCAUUAAUUGCAGCUGUGUUCAUUCAGUCCACUAGCAGAAGUUGCCACAUUCUGAAGACCCUUUUAAUUGAAAUGGUCUCAGCUUCACUGUGACCGUAACUUUUACUGCCUUCAGUUACUUUCGUCAUCUUCCCCAGUUUUUCAUGUCAGCGCCUGAAACAAGGAAGGCUUACCCCCUUCACUAAACUAAAACAUGAACGUUCCAACUGAUCCAUUUAAUUGUGCACGUCAUUCUCCUUUGUCUUCACCAAUACUUUUAGUGUUAAAUCUAUGCACAGAUACUCCUGUAAACGAAACCCCUUGGUGACCUCUUAAGCGGCAGAGUGAGCAUUACGUAUGGCGCCUUUCAAAAGUAUUCACACGCGUUAAACUUUUUCACAUUGUCAUUUAAAAAAAUAAAAAAUAGGAUUUUAUG